AUGUCGUCCAUGGUCAGGAACCCCCGUAAGACGCCUGCCGCCAAACCCAAGGUCACACGCCCCAACCCUGCUCGAGCAAUCAACGACCGAGAUCACCGGCGCAAGCAGAUUGCCGAGUACAAUGCUAGCAGGGCCUCUUCUUCUGCCGGCUCCCCGCCUCCCGUCAACGCCCGUUCCCAGUGUCCCAACCCAAAGUGUUCGGCACCCAACCUUGUCGACGGAACUUGCCAGUCUUGCGGUGCCGUCGUUGACGACAGCAAUAUCGUCGCCGACGUUCAGUUCGGUGAGGCUUCCAACGGCCAAGCCAUCGCUUUUGGUGUCACUGUUGGACAUGACCAGGCGGGCCCCCGCCUGGGUGGCCCUGGCUUUGGGCCUCGCCGAGCUGCAGGUGGUGGUGAGGGCGAGAACCGCAUCAAAUCCAUUCUCGAAGGUCGCGACCUGAUAAUCGGUCUGCUCAACCGCCUUGACCUGGGCCAGGUCGAAGGCCAGCUGUACCUCUCCGCCUUCAACAAGUUCAAGGAAGUCCUCGGUCGAAACUUCUGUCAAGGGCGAAGUGUCGCGAGGGUUGCCAGUGUCUGUGUGUAUUGGGCCAUUCGCAAAGAGCGCAACACCCCGGUCAUGCUCAUCGAUAUCGCCGACGUCGUUAAGAUGGACGUGUUUCUGCUUGGCCGGACCUUCAAGAAGAUGCUCCACAUGCUCUACGGCGGCGACGAGGCCAAUUACCCCUUCGAGCCUAUGGUCCCUGAGGACAUCAUCCGGCGUCUUGCCAGCCGCCUCGAGUUCUACAACGACACCGAGACCAUUCAGGCGGCUGCUGUGCGGAUCGUUCAGAGAAUGGAUCGCGACUGGAUGAUGCUCGGCCGAAAGCCCGCCGGUAUCUGUGGAUCAGCCCUCAUCCUCGCUGCCAGGAUGUUCAACUAUCGUCGAACCCCGCUCGAGGUUUCCUUUGUCGCCAAGGUCACCACAGCUACCCUAAAGCUCCGUCUGGAUGAGUUUGCCCGACUCGAGGCCGCGCAGAUGCGCAUCAGUGACUUCAUGAAGGGAGAGUUCCCCGGCCAACAAAAGUCUCAUGACCCCCCAGCCUUCUAUCGACAAACCAAAGAAUAUCAAGAGGAGAUGAAGAAGAAGAACAAACCUGGCCGCAAGCGCAAGCGACCGGUCAUUGAUCAAGAGACCGGCGAACCCCUUCCGUCUGACAAGAGGCAGCGGGAAGACGGCCAGCCAGAUUCGGAGUCCAACUCCCAAGGCGACGCUACGCCACCCGAGCAGUCGAGGACGGACGCGGAUGGAUUCGCUAUCCCUGCAUUGCCACAACGACGUGCCAGCCCCUCAGGUGAAGGUACACAACGCGUCACCGAAGAUGACAUCAGCGAGGCCGUACCUACAGACGAACAGGAUGAAGUGGAGGCGCUUGCAUCCAAGUAUGGUGAUGUUCCUCUGCCCGGACUGAGCACCGGUGAUGGUGAGCCAGGCCCUUCCGGGUCACAGAACACAGCUGUGGCUCCUGGAGCCAAGACUCACCGAAGCCGCUUGCAAGGAAGCGCCCUGCGGAAUCCUGCCCUUUUUCACGAUAGCGAGGAGUGGACCGAGGACGAGAACAAGAUGGCCGAGGAAAUGCUCAGCAACAUAAAGGACAUCAACUCCAAGGUCUGGGUCGCUGCGGCGGACUUGGCUGGGCUGCGCACUCAAGAGCUGAUGGACGAGCUCGAAUGCAUGCGACCGGCCAAUUACCAGAAAAACGAGCUGCUCGAUGCGCCCGAAGUCACGGAGGACGAAUUCGCCGACGACCCGGAAGUGCUCAACUGCCUGCUGAACGAGGACGAGCGCAAGAUCAAGGAGCAGCUGUGGCUCAACGAGAACAAAGAUUGGCUGCGCCUCCAGCAGGAGAAGGAAUUCAAAAAGAAGAUGGCGCCGGUCAAGAAGCCGCGCAAGCCAAACACGCGGAAGCCACGUAUCGGGGAGGGUCAAGCAACACCGGCGAGCUCGGCUGAGGAGGCCGCCCAGGAAACGGCCAACCGUCGCGGUAUCUCGACCAAGAUCAACUACGCUGCCCUUACAAACAUGGACCGAAAGGGCCCGGGGUCGUUGAUUGGCAGCGAGAUCGCAAGCCAGCUGACCAGCCGCACUGGCAGUGCCGAGCUUUCUGAUUCGGACAGCGACGAGGACGACUUCGGUCUUGGCGACGACGACCAGGGCAACGAGAAUGAGGAGGGUGAGCAGUACGAUGCCGAGGACUUCGGGGACGAUGACUAG